AGCGGGGCCGAGCCGAGCCGAGCCGAGCCGACAGGGGCAGAGCCGAGCUGAGCGGGGCAGAGCCGAACCCAGCGGGGCAGAGCUGAGCCGGGGCACCAUGCUGGGCAUGGUGAAGAACUCGCUGCUGAGCACGGUGGAGGCAUGGCCCUACCGCCUGCUGAGCAAGGGCGAGAAGGAUCAGGUCAGCUACGAGGAGAGGGCGUGCGAGGGCGGGAAGUUCGCGGCGGUGGAGCUGGUAGGGAAGCCGUUCGACGAAGCCUCGAAGGAAGGGGCAGUCAAGCUCCUCAAGUACGUCGGAGGGAGCAACGAUAAGGGAGUUGGAAUGGGCAUGACUGCUCCUGUCUCCAUCACUGCUUUUCCUGCUGAAGAUGGCUCCUUUCAGCAGAAGGUGAAAGUCUCUCUGCGGAUCCCGAGCCAGUUUCAAGACAGCCCUCCAUGUCCUACCGAUGAAAGCAUUAAGAUUGAAGAAAGACAGGGGAUGACCAUUUAUUCCACGCAGUUUGGUGGCUAUGCCAAAGAGGCAGAUUACGUGAGCUAUGCUGCCAAGCUGAAGGCUGCUCUGGGGAGUGAUGCUGCAUACCGCAAGGAUUUCUACCUGUGCAAUGGUUAUGACCCCCCUAUGAAGCCUUACGGACGCCGCAAUGAGGUCUGGUUUGUGAAGGAGUGAACGUCUGGCUCCUUGUGGGGCUGCCUUGCUCUGAUAACCUCCCCACACUGUGUCCCUGUCCUCUUUAAAAUAAACUAUGAAUUCAACAGGGGCAAGAAACCUU